CUAAGAUCAGUGACUGUGAAUAUGUGCGUGUCUGAAUAAGCAACAGGUUUACUUCAAAGAAACAAGGAAUUUGCCUUGGUGUUGUGGUGCAUAACAGUAAAAUUAGCCUAAGUAAAAAAUAAUAUUAAAAAAACAUGUUAAAACUGGUAUACUCAAGGGCCACUUUAUUAGGAACAUCUGUGCAAUCUAAUGCAAUCUAAGGCAACAGCUCUGCAUUGUCAGAAAGGUGAUACCACCGCCCAUUACAUAUUGACCAGUGUUAAUAAUACUGACAAACUUUUCCUCCCUCAUGUCAUGUGUGUUAAAGGAGUAUUAUAAACACUGUUGAAUAUAAUGCCCUACAUUACACCACCACAACCCACUACAGUCACAGCCUUAACCUUUCUGACAAUGUCAACAAAAAACGAAAAUGCUUAAGCUUCUUAUAAGUAUAAUAAAUGGCAGAGCUGCUGUAUUGGAUUGUGUUAGAUUGCAUAGGUGUUCCUAAUAACACGGUGAGUGUUUAUUCAAAGUGAAAGGAGCUGUUUCAAAUGGGGGAGAAACGAAAUGAAAUGUAGCAAACAAGACUAUGCAAAUGUUCACGGUGCACAUGUGAGGAGGGCAGAGGUCACGCUGCUUGCACCACAGACGUGCACACGCUUGCAGUGAUCUGUUUGCUCAUCUGACUGCCACUCACUGCCUCUCUCAUGGAGGGGGUUUUGGGCGACGGCUCCUUUAAGAAAACGGAACUGAGCCUCUGCUUUUGACGCGCUGAGGAUGUGGGCAGGAAACGCCAUGCAAGAGAGGAGAAGCGAUCACGCUUCCCAGCACCGUUGCACAAUACAGUGCAAUCAAAAUGUGCUUUAAUGUGCGACGUUGAAUGUCCAGGAGCGGUGCUUCUCCUCGGAUCUGCAAUCCGCGGCCGUCUGACAGCGGGCUUUGGAGGCUUUUUGCCGGCGUGGGGUUUGACUGCGAUCCGAGCGAGAGCGCAGCCUUCCCAGCCAGCUCGGGUUUGAAAACAUCGGGGCUGGUCAGCGGGUGGGAGAGAGGAGGCUUCGUCGCAGAAAAAGGAGGUGUCUGCUGUUUUUUUAUUUAUUUUUUUUGUUUUUUUAUACCCCCCCUCUAGCCAUGAGGGAGUACAAAGUGGUUGUUUUGGGAUCGGGUGGAGUCGGCAAAUCCGCGCUGACGGUCCAGUUCGUGACGGGCUCCUUCAUCGAGAAGUACGACCCCACGAUAGAGGAUUUCUACAGGAAGGAGAUCGAGGUGGACUCGUCCCCGUCGGUGCUGGAGAUCCUGGAUACGGCAGGGACCGAGCAGUUCGCCUCCAUGCGAGACCUGUACAUCAAGAACGGGCAGGGCUUCAUCCUGGUCUACAGCCUGGUCAACCAGCAGAGCUUCCAGGACAUCAAACCCAUGAGAGACCAGAUCAUCCGGGUGAAGAGAUAUGAGAGGGUGCCCAUGAUCCUGGUGGGGAACAAGGUGGACCUGGAGGGGGAGAGAGAGGUGUCUUCCGGGGAAGGCAAGGCGCUGGCCCAGGACUGGAACUGCCCCUUUAUGGAAACUUCAGCCAAAAAUAAAGGAUCAGUCGACGAACUGUUUGCAGAAAUAGUCAGACAGAUGAACUACUCAACUGUCCCCAGUGGUGGAAGCCAGUGCUGUUCAUGUGUCCUGCUCUAAAAAAACACACAAACCAGUCAUGCAUCCCGGCAGAGCUCCUGACUUAUCUCCAUUUUUCAUUUGCAAAAGUGUUUUUUCUCUCUCUCUCUCUCUCUCUCUCUCUCUCUCUCUCUCUCUCUCUCUCUCUCUCUCUCUCUCUCUCCUCACACUGUUGUCUUACUGUUGCACACAAACAAAAAUCAACGUCAACAACAAUCGAUUAUGUAUAAUAGUCUGGAAAAGUGUUUACAUGACAAAGUACUUGAAUGUUUUGGGAUUUUUUUUAUAGCUUUGUAUAUGACACUUCUCUGGAAAUGUGCCUCAAUGGGAAUGUCUUAUUGUAAAAACCUAAGAGACACAUGUUUUUUUUGUUUAUUUCUCUAUUUCGCUCAUGGGAAAGUGUAAUGGUUUUAUUUGUUGAAUUGUACUGUUACAUUUUCUGGGCUUGGUGUUAAUGGUGGUAGUGGUGGGGGUUGUUACUGUCAAAUCCCCAGGCAGAACUGGGAUUGGACUUUUUUUUUUUUGGCUGAUACGAAAGAGCAGGAGGUCUGAAAAGGUCUUAUGAACUUGUCAGUCACCACUCAAGCCUUGCACAGGUUACUUCGACCCCAAGUUCCCUUGAUUUAUUUCUCCAAGAGGCGUAAAGCCACCCGCUAAGAUACUGUGUUUGAAGCUGUCAACUGGUGGAGUCGCCUACAUAUUUUUGUUUUGUUUUCCCCCUCUCUUUCCAGUGUGGUGAAAGUGGAUUUAUAAUGGAACUUGCACUUAGCUGACGGUGUCCCUCCUCAGUGUGCACAAACGAGGACCUUAGUGCAUUGCUGUCGCUGCAUGGGGAACGCCAUGACUCCAUGUCAAGUGCCUUCCUAAGAAAACUCCUGUGACUGUGCCAACUGAUGAGCCCUACUUCCUCUGCAGUGCGUUUCGAUGGCAAUCAGAACUUUUAAAGCAGUUUUUCAGUGUAUAUUCUAGUUUAAUUUGGUGUCAGAGUGAAAAGAGCCUCUACCUAUUUUACUGUCAGCUUGUAACCGACCACUGUUGCUGUCGGGUUCAGAAUCGAGCCAUUUCUCGAGGUACUAUAGUCCACCAAGAACAACAGAAUAACCCUUCGCUGAAUGGCAAGCCAUGUCUGUCUGUAUUAUCUAGGUUUUUUUCUUUCUUUUUCUAAAAAUGUGACUUUUUUUUGACUUACCGUAAUUGUAAUUCUCCAUUUGGACAAAAUCUUCUGCCAUCCACCUGUCAGUUUGAAAGACUUGUAAUACAAAAAACAUUUUAUGUAAUGCUGUGUGCAGUGUUUGUCUCUCUGAAAACAUAUAUUUUACUUGAAGAGCGCCUUGAAGUUGAUCAUUGCCACAGUAAACAUCUCAAGUUCUGAAACAGUUACAUGAGUAGUCUAUUAGUGGAUCAGCAGAAAAAACAAUUGAGAUAACAUUCUGCAUUUAAAUCCGUUUAUGACCCAAACACUUAAAAUAUUUUCUGGUUAAAGCUUCUCAAAUGUGAAGAGUCACUGGUUUUCCUUGUUUUAUGUCAUCAUAAAUGGAAUAUCUUUGGGUUUUGGACAUGCCAGGAUCCACACCUUGAAAUCCGCCCACUCCACCAAGGUCACUGAUUCUGGAAAUGGCGUGUAACAAGUUGACAGCUCUGUCUGAUAUUAAACAGGUUUUGGACUGCUGUUUGCGCGAAACAAGUAAUUUGAAGAUGAUCUCUGGGCUCUUAUGUGAUAUGUUUUUUUAAUAUUUUACAGAUUAAGUGAUUUAAUCA